AUGGGGAAAUCAGGAAUGUCCAGAUUGGCGCUGCUCGCGUCGCAGAGGGCCGGCGUGCAAAAGCUCUUAAAGCAGCUGGCCCCGAGCAAUCGGCGUGCUGGCCAGACGAUCCAAAUUUCGUGGACUUUGACCAAGGCAUUGCUCGCCUCUUCUUCUUUUGACUCUCCUUUUUUGUCGUCAGCAACCGUCAGACGCAGCCUUACGUUUGCCGAAGGCCGUAAUAAUCAUUCUAUUAAUACGGACUUUACCGAUACCAGUACCAGUACCGGUACCAACACCCUUAGCAACCAUCUCAGGCACAGCUCCAGUUCCACGCCCACGGCGACGGCCACGCCCGCACCCACUACCGCUACCACUAGACUCACGCCGCAGGGGAACCCAGGAACCCUCCUCGAACGCCUGGUCCAGCCCUGCCUCGACCACGUCGGCCCCGUUGCCCUCGCGCUCCCCCCGUGGAUUUACACAUUUGUUAUCCUCGCCCGACUCCCCCUUCUGCUGCUCUUUCUCUCCUUCCCUCUCCCCCCAGCUUCUCUUUCUCUUUUAUCUAUUGCCGGCCCUGCCAUGGCGUCGUAUGCGUCCAGCACAUCCUCGUCGCCCUCCACAGACAUCUCAACACCCCGAUCCCGCUCGCCCUCAUCCGUGGCCUCGGCCCGCUCAUCACACUCAUCCAUCUCCAGCUCCAAGCGCAUGAGCAUAUCGUCGUCGCGCAGAAUCUUUGCUGCAAACCCUAUGGCGUCCGUCGACAUCGAAGCCAUUGAAGAGGCCAUGCGCAUGGCCAAGCUCGACACACUCCGCGGCUAUGCGCAGAACAACUACGCCGAGGUGAAGCAGCUUUGCCAGACCGAGUACAUCCCCAAGCACCAGGCCCUCGGCUACCAGAUCCUCAACGAGCCGAUGUGGAACAAAGGCCUGUCGUUUACACCUGAGCAACGCAUCGCCAAGAAUCUCACCGGCCUCAUCCCGCACGUUAUGGAAGAUGCAGAGAGGCAGUGCGAGCGUGCGCUCAAGAUGAUUCGCACGCGCCAGACCAACAUCGACAAGUACUUGUACCUGUCGUCGCUCAAGCGCGAGAACAUCGACCUCUUUUACCGCCUGCUCAUCGACAACGCCAAGGAGCUGAUGCCCCUGGUCUACACCCCGACCAUUGGCGAUGUCUGUCUGCAGUACUCGACUCUCUACACUCGGCCGGAGGCGCUGUACAUUUCGAUUAAGCAGCGAAAGUCAAUGAAGACGAUCCUCAGGAACUGGCCCUACCCCAACCCCGAGAUCUGCGUCGUGACCGACGGGUCGCGCAUCCUCGGCCUGGGUGAUCUCGGUGUCAAUGGCGUCGGCAUUCCGAUCGGCAAGCUAGCCCUGUAUGUGGCCGCAGCCGGUAUCCACCCGGAAAAGACGCUGCCCAUCGUUCUGGAUUGCGGCACCAACAACGAGACCAACCUCAAGGAUCCGCUGUACCUCGGCCUGCGUGCCAAGCGGCCCUCCGUUGCCGAGCAGCAGGAGUUCAUGGACGAGUUCAUGGAGGCCUGCCGCGAGGUCUACCCGGAUAUGGUUGUGCAGUUUGAGGAUUUCGAGAGCGAGAAAGCCUUUAACUACCUCGAUCGCUAUCGCAACAGCUACAAGUGCUUCAAUGAUGACAUUCAGGGUACCGGUGCCGUCGUGCUUGCCGGUUACAUCGGUGCCGUGAACCUCUCCAAUGUUCCCAUCGAGGAGCAACGCCUCGUCUUCAUGGGCGCUGGCUCGGCUGGUGUCGGUGUCGCUAAGCAGCUGGUUGAGUACUACACCAAGCGCGGUCUGUCAGAACAGCAGGCCAAGGACAAGUUCUACCUUGUCGACACCAAGGGUCUGGUGACCAAGGACCGUGGCGAUAAGCUCGCCGAGCACAAGAAGUACUUCGCCCGCACCGACAACAACGGCCGCCAGUUCCGCACUCUCGAGGAGGUCAUCGAGUAUGUCAAGCCCACUGCCCUCAUCGGCCUGACUGCCACCCACGGCGUCUUCACCGAGUCGGUCGUGCGCGCCCUCAAGGCCUCUGUCGACGGCGGCGGCCACGGUCGUCGUCCUAUCCUCUUCCCCCUCAGCAACCCCCUCAGCAAGGCCGAGUGCACCUUCGAGCAGGCUGUCGACUGGACCGACGGCACCGUCAUCUUUGCCUCGGGCUCCCCAUUCUCGCAGUACACCAAGAACGUCGGCGACGUCGAGGUCACUUACUACCCCAACCAGGGUAACAAUGUCUAUGUGUUCCCUGGCAUUGGUCUGGGUGCUAUCCUGGCUAAGGCUUCCCGUGUUACGGAUAAUAUGAUCUAUACCUCAGCGGCGGCCCUCGCGGGUACCCUGAAUGCGGAUGAGAUUCGCAAGGGUCUGAUUUACCCGCGCAUUGAGCGUGUGCGGGAAUCCAGCUUGGUUGUGGCCCGUGAGGUGAUGAAGGCUGCCCGGAGGGAUGGUGUCAGUCAGUUGGAUGAGUCGCUGUGGCAGCAGUUUGAGGAGUGGGGUGAUCCAGCUCUCGAUAAGUGGAUUAAGGAUCGGAUCUACAACCCGCAGCUUUGA